CCCGGUCAAGCACCUCUUUGGCUUCACGUUGUGGGAGCUUUCAUUGACUUUCAGCUUUCCUCCCAUUUCAACCACUUUUCUCGCACAUCGCCAGCAUCAUAUCAUUCAACUACUAGUAGACCUCUGACAACAUCCAUAGGGACAGUCCGUCCCUAGAUCAUUGAAGCAAGAUGGCGUCAACAGAAAAGAUCACGGUCUACAACGUAGCCGAUCUCCGAGCAACAACCGACGACGCCCUCGUCAACUACCUCAACAGUCUCGGCCUCGUGCAAUCCCACACUUUACUCGACACCCGUCUCGCCCUAGGCUUCUCGGCCUUCCUCCUCUCCGCCGCGUGUUUCGCGUGGGACUACAAGUUCGGCUUCGAAUCCACCAAGCAAUACACUUUGAUCGCCGUGAUCCUCUACACUUUACUCAAUGGCGCCCUGACGUACUGGAUCAUGUUCGUCGAGCGGGGAACCAUCUACGUCGGCUCGACCAAGGACGGCAAGACGCGGGUCAGAUUGAUUAGCGAUAGCAAGAAGCCCCAGCAAAAGGGGGAGGCGCCGUUGUAUAAGUUGAGGGUGGAUGUGGAAGACGUUAAAACGGGAAAGAAGGAGAAGAUUGAACUGGAGAGGAAGUUCAGCGAGUGGUUCGAUGCUAGUGGACGGUUUGUCGCUGCGCCGUUCCAGACGGUCUUGGCGCAGAGAAUUCCGUUGGUGGGGAAGUUGGAUCCCAAGAGGGCUGUUGUUGCUGCUGCUCCUUCUUCUGAACAGAAUGUCAUACGGGAACAGUUUGCGGAAACGCCAGGCUAUACGGCGGAGAUUCUGGAUGCUAUUGCUAGUGGCUUGGGGGAGAGCUCGACUACUACGGCGGCGACGACGGGGUCUAGUGCGAAUCAGGAUGCUGGGAAGAAGAGAAGGAAAUAGAGAUACUGUCGCUUUCAACCGUACCAUUUUGACGUGGCGCAUGGUUGUACUUAGGCAAGAAAGGGAAAGAGUGGUCGCCAAAUUUUGGCCAGCGUUGCUUUCACCUUCGUUAUAUCGGUUGCGUCGUCCGCGAAUAGUCUGAUAGCAUGGUAUCUUUACUUCAUAGCGAUUGUAUGUCGUGUUCUUGUUUUGUUUCCAGGCUGAAGUCGGACUAAUGACUGGACUAGACGGCCUUCGAGAAGCAGUCAAAACUUGUUAAUUGGGCGCGAGUCUGCUUGCUUCGGUACCCAUACGCUCAGCGGAGAGCUGUCUCGAUGAAAGAAUAGAACCAUUUUCCAUAUGAUCACC